AUGUCCAAAGCUCAAUUCUUGCGAGAGUACAAGCUCGUCGUCGUGGGCGGUGGUGGUGUCGGAAAGUCGGCAUUGACGAUCCAGUUCAUCCAGAGCCACUUUGUCGACGAAUACGACCCGACCAUCGAGGACUCGUACCGAAAGCAAUGCGUCAUUGACGAGGAGGUCGCCCUGCUCGACGUCUUGGAUACCGCCGGUCAGGAGGAGUACAGUGCGAUGCGCGAGCAAUACAUGCGAACAGGCGAGGGCUUCUUGCUAGUCUACAGCAUCACAUCGCGCAACUCGUUUGACGAGAUCUCGACGUUCCACCAGCAGAUUCUGCGAGUCAAGGACAAGGACUCGUUCCCCGUGAUUGUGGUGGCCAACAAGUGCGACUUGGAAUACGAGAGGCAGGUGGGCAGCCACGAGGGUCGCGAGCUCGCAAAACACUUUGGAUGCCGCUUCAUCGAGACCUCGGCCAAGCAGCGCAUCAACGUCGACGAGGCGUUCAGCAACCUCGUGCGCGAGAUCCGCAGAUAUAACAAGGAGCAGACCAUGGGGCGUCCCGGCGCGGCAGGCGCCACAAGCGGCGCCGGUGGCAUGGAGCGUUUCCAGACCGAAGAGGGCUCGCACGACGCCGGGUGCUGCAAGGGCUGCGUGGUGCUCUAG